AUGACCCAGCACGUCCACCCAACAGAAACAGAUUUGGGGAAAUUUGUGCAGGACAUUUCAAAAGGAAACUUUCACUACAACCGUGCCGCUCUCUUCUCCACCAUUCUGUUUAUCUACGUCCUCACAUGGACGGCUAACUUUCUUUUACUGAGUUCUAUUAUGCUUUCUCGGCAGUUGCACACACCUAUGUACUUUUUCUUGGGGAACCUGUCAGCGGUGGACAUCUCUUUCUCUACAGUGACGGUUCCCAAGCUACUGUCCUGCAUUCUUCAUGGGAGAGCCUCCAUCUCCUUCCUUGGCUGUUUCCUGCAGAUGUAUUUCUUUGUGUUUCUGGGCACCACUGAGAUUUUUCUUCUGUCAGUCAUGGCUUUUGAUCGAUAUUUGGCCAUUUGUAUCCCAUUAAGCUACAUAUCAAUCAUGAAUGAUAGGGUUAUGGUGGCUCUGGUUAGUACUGGCUGGGUGGCAGCUUCUCUACAUUCAUUAUUGCACACUUAUAUUCUGUCACAACUGACCUAUUGUGAGGACAGACUGAUCCCUCACUUCUUCUGUGAUGUGACCCCCCUCAUCAAGCUGUCCUGCUCCAGUACUACACUAGCUGAGUACCUAAUAUUUUCUGAAGGUUCUAUGGUUGUCAUUAUUCCGUUCCUUUUUAUAAUCAUCUCCUAUGUGCUCAUUGGAUGGGCUAUAGUGAAAAUGAAGACCAGCAGCAACCGAAGCAAAGCCUUUUCCUCCUGCUCUUCUCAUCUCAUGGUCAUUUGUCUGUUCUAUGGUACUGACAUUUUCAUUUACUUUCGCCCGCCAUCAGACUACUCCUCCCAGUAUGAUCGCAUUGUUAGCAUGGCUUACACCAUCAUCACACCUAUGCUGAACCCUUUCAUUUACAGUCUAAGGAACCAAGAUGUGAAACGGGCUCUGAAGAAGCUCAUUAAGGGCUACACGUGGGUCCUUCUGGACCGUAACGUGAAAGAGCGAUUGUGA